AUCUUAUCUUCAUAUAUAUUAGUACUAAUAGAUACUUAAUUUGAAUAGAGAAGAUGAAAAUGAUAAAGACGAUGAUGAUGAUGAUGGUGAUGAUGGCCAUGAUGGGAAUUGCGAUGGGAAAUAUAAUCGAUAAGACAUGCAAACAGACACCUGACUACACUCUCUGUGUCUCUCUCCUCCGCUCCGAUCCACGUAGCUCCUCCGCCGACACCGCCGGUCUCGCUCUCAUCCUCAUUGACAAAAUCAAGGCGCUUGGGACUGAAACUCUCGGGCAGAUCAACGUGGCAUACAAAACCAAACCGAUGCUGAAACAGCCGUUGGAUGAAUGUAAUCAGAGAUACAAGAUCAUCGUAGACGUCGACGUCCACACAGCCAUUAUAGCUCUCAAAGGAGACCCUAAGUUCGCCGAGGAUGCAAUUGUCGACGCCGGCGUUGAAGCCUCCGUCUGCGAAAGUGGGUUUGCUAAAGGCCAGUCCCCGUUAACCGGCUUGAUCCAGAAAAUGGAAAAGAUGUGUGAUGUAACCAGAGCCAUCGUCAGAAUGUUACUCUGAUACUUAUUAUCUAACUUAAAAUUAAAUUAAAUAAUAAU